CGUCCUCUGCAUCAGUAGUAAUGGUUAUCGACGUGUAAAGUCACUCACACAGUCCGCAUUUACCAACAGAUAUAACCACACUGUGUUUACAAGUGAAUUUUGCACACCACGUGAAAAACGCAUUGCUACAACUAGCACUGAAUGUCAUUUCUAAAUUUGAUAAUAGAUGUCAAUAGGAAUUACUGAGCAUUCGUACACUACAGAGGAUGUUAGAAUCAACUAUUCAAGCAUUAACAAGUGGCAGGAUAAUUUUAGCCAGUGGAUCUCCAAGGAGACAUGACAUAGUGAAGCAAUUGCGUAUCAGUGCAGAGGUAAUACCAUCCUUGUACGAUGAGAACCUUGACAGAUCCAAGUACAAUGGUCAUGGGGAAUAUGUUCAGGAUAUUGCUAAGUACAAGGUACUGGAGGUAUAUGAACGUUUAAAAGCAGAUCCAGCACCUCCGUCAUUGAUAAUAGGCGCAGACACUAUGGUGACAAUAGGUGAUGUUAUUUAUGGAAAACCUAGGAAUGAAAAAGAAGCUUUUCAAAUGUUAUCGAGUCUAGCAAAUAAACAGCACAUUGUCUAUACUGGUGUAUGUCUAAAAACACCAAAAAUUGAAAUGCAGUUUUACGAAUCUACGAAAGUAAAAUUUGGAGAUAUAUCUGAGAAACAAAUAAGAGAAUAUAUAAAAACAGGCGAUCCUAUGGAUAAAGCAGGAGGAUAUGGCUUUCAAAGUAUAGGUGCCUGCCUGGUUGAAAAAAUAGAUGGUGAUUAUUAUACCGUAAUAGGUUUGCCAUUGUAUUCAUUGGCUAAGCGAUUGAACCAAAUAUUUUCUAAUUCUUAACAAGAACAUUAUGUUAAGCUUGUUGAUACCUGAAGUACAAGAAUGUACUAUUACUUCUACAUAAAUAAAUUUAUUGUUAAAAGCCUCAUAAA